AUGCUCACUCCAGUCCAACUAUGCCAAACAGAAUCAGGUCACUGUGUAGGUUGUAACAUACGACAGCCAGAGCCCUACACAACUUACAACAGUAACAGUCAGUACGAUCAAAGCCUCAGUUCCGAUCACAGCGGGACUGCCACCACUUUGUACGGUUAUGGUACCGACUAUGCCUAUGACAACCCGAGCAGUAUUAGCAGCCAUAGCGGUGCGAGAACGCCUCAGCGGUUACCUAUUCAGAGCCAUAGGCGGACACCUUCAAAUGUUUCCAAUGCAAGUUCUACUACUACGAGUGGGUCGAAUAUUAAUCCUAGUUUUAGGUUAGAAGAGGAAUAUACUCCAACCCAUUAUCUGCCAAGAAGACCGCAAUACGAAUAUGAUUAUAAUUUGUACACUAGAACAAAUUCGCAGGAUUCUAACAAUUUUGAAAGACCAAAUACAUUAGAAACGGUUGGUCAUACAAAACUUAGAUCUAGUCUAAAAAGGAACAAUUUCACUUCUACAGCCGGAGGACAUUCCGGUGGAAAUACUCCAACCAAUCCCACUCCGCCUGAUAGUUUGACCAGUGAUGAUAGUUCGUAUAUUUCAGCCAAGGAAAGUAAUAAUGGUUCAGUAUCCAGGGUCAGGUUUUCGCCCACUACCCUCAUAGAUUUACCAGUGCCUGGACAAAAUUUGGAUACAACCAUACCUCUUCAGGCUCGUAGAAAUCGGCCGCGGCCGUCUUUGGCCGAAAUGGAGAGAGAAUUUUUGUCAUAAUAUUUGAAAUUUUUACAUUGUACAUUACGGUACAACUUUGGCCUAAUUAAAUAUAACAAUUAUUGGAAAAUUAUUAUACCAGAUCAACUGGUUUAUAAAUAUUUCUAGUCUGAUUUCAUUGUGAAUACGGAAGUGUGUACUUCAUACAAUCUGAAUUGAAAUAGAAGUACAAUAAUUGCAAUAUAUAAUUGUGAUUAAUAUGCGGAACUUUCGAAAAUAGGAUUAAUUAAGCAAGAAAUUAACCUGAUAAUAUGUAGAUUCUUUCCAGCUUUAAUACUAAUUGAGUCAAACAAUUUUCUGAAAAU